AUGUCUGGGACGCAGACCCAGAACUUCCGUUUGGGCCUGCGGGCCACCAUCAUUGCUGUGUCACAGGCAGUCAGCGCCUUGUCAGCCACGAUCACCGUCAGCACCGAGACCUGUCCACUGCUAUUGCUUCUGCCUUGCAAUUCGAGCAUGAUGGCCUCCGGGUCUAUGCCGCCGAACCCCCUAGCUGUCACUGACGCAGCAACUUGUGGACACCACUGCCUCAAAGUUCAUGCCGUUAUUCCGAAUGAGACAUGGCCGGAACAGGAAGCACCUGUCUUUGGCCUCCUAGACUGCCGGCCACUCCUACAAGGUUGGUCCCUGAUUGAGGCCCCCCAUGGCAGAGCCUCUUACUCAGACCUUGUCACAGUCCUCGACACUUUCGCACCACCAGGACUUCGCAAGUGGAUCCUGCUAGCCCGAACGCAGAGGGCCUUUUACCUGUGCAUGAAGGUCAGGUCUUUGUUGCCUCCUAUGCCCCGCUUUCUGAUGGAGAAGAGACUCCGUCCCAUGUCCUUUCUGCGCAUGUGCAGGAUACUGGUGUCGACCCUGCCGAUCCUGACAGGAUACAGAACCAAAAUGAUGUGGCCGGCCAUUCUGUUCCUCGCUCGAGUACGACUGCACCGAGGUCUCGUAGCCGAUCUCCGCCUGGAUCCCCAGCAGACUGCCACUGUGCACAGCACUUGUUGCUCUCCCCACCAAUGGCGCGAAACACCCCCGCACAUCCAUGGUGGUGCUGGUGGUGUCGCUCGGUGGGAGUACAAUGCUCCACCUGCUUUCGGACCCCAAGGCCCUACCAAUCUCCUAGAAGGCGACACAGCUGCUGCGCAAGACCCAGACAUCUGUCAUGUGCCCUUCUAUAUUGCCGUGCCGGGUUACCAGUUGAGUCAUGUCAUUGCUGACCUACCUCUUCCGGCCAUUCCGGCCGAAGCACUUGCUGCUGUGCGAGAAGUGCGGCCCCAAUCCGACCGUCGCCGCUUUCCCAUUCUGACCGCGGUACGGCCACAAACGGUACCCGGCGCAGGCAUCCUGAUUGCAGGUCCUAUGUGGGAUGAGGAAACGCCCACCAUCUGCAUUGACACAUCGGCGUUGGAUGGCCGCUACUUUGCUACCAAAACAAGAACCUAUGCCGAUCGGUAUACACUUCUCAUGCUUGCUGACCUCCCGCUCCAGACUGCAGUUGAUGUAUAUGUCGGAACGUCCGACUCCCCAUUUUCGGACGGCGGUGAGCAGCAUCUCAUGCACGGAGAGGUCAUAUCAUUUGUCAGGCAGGGAUCCCGCGUGCCACCUUGGCUUUCCUUUGGGGAGAUUCUAGGCAGUGCUAGAUUUUGGACGGUCGAGGUAUACACUCCUCCCGUUGCCAGGGACGGCAACUACUGUUUGGUUCAUGAUAGCCAAGGUAUUCUUCAUCUGCCCGGGGAUAACCCCCGCACACAAUACCGGCGCCACAUUGCUGCCUGUCUGGGUACCAACGAAAGCAGACUCAGACUCUUUCCUGCCUCGCCUGAAGUAAGCGAUGCUUUUGUUGCUGGUUGCCCAGUCCGCGCGGUCAUCGCAAUCGCCGAGCCCGGAGGAGAAUUUACUCGCUCCUCCUUCUGCGUCCUGCUAGACAGCCGGCCAAUUAGCCAUGCAUGGCAUGAGCUGCAUGUUCAUGAUGGCUUUCUUGACUGCGACAGGUGCGCUCCGCCCGGAUGGCGCGCCAUCAUCGUUGCGUACCCAGCUCUGAGCGCAGACUCAGUGUCACAGCCGGACGAGUCCUUGUUGCAGAGUUUGUCCCUGCUGGCGGAGGCCGUCGACCGCCCCCGCAAACCGUUGCUGCACCAGCAUCCUCUGCUCCCGCCUUCCACAUGA